CCAAAGCAGGGGGUGAUUAUAACCUUUUAUUCAUCUCUCUCCAUCAUUCAUUCUCUCUACAAUUAUGGAACCAAAUCUUGAAAAUUCUAACAUCACCAUUCCAAAUCUUCCUCAAGAAGACGUUGAGCCCAAGCCAAAACCAGUUCUCACCCGAAAGAGGAACAAUGGUGCAAUGGAUGUUAUUAGGCUGGCACUUUUCAUGUUGCGAGGACGUUCUAAAAAGAAAAGCGUGAUUCCGGUAGAUGAUAAAUCUACAAGCAUUUGGAGAAAAAUUGUUGGGUCAAUUAGACCAUUGCAUCUUCAAAGCAACCAAUCACCGCCUUUAUUUUCUCAAUCCAACAGCCAGAAAUUCGAUCAACCGGUCAUUUUGCUACCGUCAUCUCCUCCUCAAUCUAUUGGUGGUGGCAGCGUGUUAACCGAUUUUCCAGCCGAGGAGCCUUUUUCACCUUCACCAAUGUCACCGGCGAAUAGCUGUUAUGCUUCGGCCAUAGGGUUGAAUGAACUCGUGCAAAGUGACGAGAAUAGCCGUUAUGCUGCUUCGGCCAUAGGGUUGAAUGAACUUGUGCAAAGCGAUGAGGAUAUUCGUUAUGCUUCGGCCAUAGGGUUGAAUGAACUCGUGCAAAGCGAUGAGGAUAGCCGUUAUGCUUCGGCCAUAGGGUUGAACAAACUCGUGCAAAGUGAUGAGGAGAACGACAGAAAUGACUUGAUUAUAGAGGAGUGUAAUGAAAAUGGGGAUGACAAGAUUGAUGAUAAAGCCGAUGAGUUUAUUGCUCAAUUUUAUCAGCAAAUGAGGUUGCAACGAUUGAAUAACGUUGAUCGUCGUUAUCAAGAGCGAAGCCAAAGGUCAUUAGGAUUGUGAUCAUUAUCGUGUAAAAAAGUGUUUUGAAUCAUAAUAUCAAAACAAAAAACAAAAACAGAAACAAGAGCAUUAAUCUCAAACUUAAAUAUAACCUCAUGCAUGCUUUUGUUAA